CUGCGUGGCGCUUAGCUGGUUACUGCAGAACCAAACACACAGGCUCAAGCGAGCGCCCACUGAUGAUUUGGGCUCUGUUGUAAAGAGCAGUGUCUCGGCUGAAGCGAGCAAAGCGUGGAGGCUUCUGCAACGUCGUCAGUGACAGCCGAGAUGUUUUGACACAUGGAAGCAGAGGUGUCUACAACAGAAGCUGAAGAAUGGCACUCAAUAAGCAAUCUCACUUAAUGAAUAAUUAUGCCAACAUUUAACAACUUGCAACUUUCACUACUACGUCGAAAUUAGGCCACAGGCAUUUAUCAGUAAAAUAUUUUAAAUCAAAUCAAAGAUGGCGCCAAUUCACUGGGUCUGGUGUCACUUGGUUCUUCUCGCGCUGCUCUUCACGGCAGCAGAAGGCAACAUCCACCGGGCGAACGCGAGACGCCUCUCCCGCAGAGAGCCCUCGGCCGCCAGCUCCCCCCACUCCCUGCCUCCUCCCGACAGCUCUGACGCGUCACUCCCCUCCGCUAGCCAAGUUCCCCAGCCCUCCUCAAGCCUCUCGCCCGGCUCGGUUAAGGCGCCCGCCCGUACGUCGUCCGACGGAAUUUCCGGAGGCCACAAAGACUCUGGCUACUCCUGUCCGAGCCACGAUGCCGCCCACCAAGCUUGCGAACGUGACGAUUCCAGUCAGGCGUACCACAAGCGGGGUUUCUCGGGCGCUGCUCCCGGAUACCAGGGGGGCCGCGACGAGACGAGAUCUAGGUCGCACGUGGCUCCCGUCGGCGGCGAUGGCGAUGACGAUGACGAUGGCGAGCCACCGUCGUCCCCCGCUUGGUGGCUGGGUCUGGACUGGGAUGGGCGGCUCGGAGCGUGGGUGCUCGGGUUGGGCGGGGCCUGCCUCGUGGGCCUCAGCGGAGUGCUGCCGAUCCUGAUCAUCCCCGAGAACACCGGCGCCCACCUGCAAUCUCCCGAGGGCGGGCGGCGGCUGAGGUUCCUUCUGAGCUUUGCGGUUGGCGGGCUUCUUGGAGAUGUGUUUCUGCACCUGCUGCCUGAGACCUGGCAACAUGGCUGCACCCAAGGUGCGGGGCUGUGGGUCACAGUGGGGCUGCUCACUUUCCUGGUGUUGGAGAAGGUGUUUCCUGACGUCAAUGAAGAUGAACCGCCCACCACGAAUGGCGUCGCUUCAAAAGGGAAUGGCGUCGAUUCAAGAGAAGGGAACGGCACCAUCGGGAAUGGAUCGGCGAUCUCCAAUGGCCAAAGCAAGAGUGCCAGUAAAAGGGAGCUGUCACCCACCGGCAAGGCGACAUCUGAGCACAUCAAGAUUAGCGGUUACCUGAAUCUCUUUGCGAACUGCGUGGACAACUUCACACACGGCCUGGCGGUAGCAGGGAGCUUCCUGGUGAGCCACAAGGUUGGAUAUCUUACGACGCUUGCAAUUCUUCUGCACGAGAUCCCGCACGAGGUCGGAGACUUCGCCAUUCUACUGAGGGCCGGGUUUGACCGAUGGCAGGCGGCCAAGCUGCAGCUCAUCACCGCUUUCGGGGGCAUCUGUGGAGCCGUGUUCACACUCACCGCCCAGUCCGCACAGGGAGCAGGAGACAGCACCGCCUGGAUCCUCCCGUUCACAGCGGGCGGCUUCCUCUACAUCGCCCUCGUCGGGGUCAUGCCGGAGUUGCUGCAGGAAAAAAACCCGUGGGACUCCCUGUGGCAGCUGCUGUUCAUCCUGUGUGGCAUCGGCGUCAUGGCGAUCGUGACCAUCGUCGCGGACUGACCACUGAGGGUCUCGCGACUACCCGGGCAGCCUCCCGCGAGUGAUGGCGGAAGCUCGCCUGCUCUCCGACUCUGAGCACGGACAUUGUACACCUCCCCCCACCCCCCCAUGGCGGUGGUGGGCGUUGUGAUGGGAGACUCGUGAAGUUGGGAAGCAGAUGUUCACUCUGCGCUUUCUCCCACCCCUCCCUUCUACCGCGUAAGCCCAGGCAAAUCGAACCAGGCUCAGAUGCCGAUUUUCACGCAAUGAACCGAGGGGUUUUGUUAGCGUCCGAUUCAAAGCAUGGUGUGCGCGCAACUCCCACGGGCUGUAAAGGUCAUCUGGCUGUAAAUGCGUGUGUUUUUUGAUCAAAUGUGAUGUUGAUUUUUUAGUGGUGAACAUGGUUGUUAUAAUCGGUAUAUAUGAAUACACACACACACAUCGGCACUUUACACCAGUGGUAUUUUUAAACAGUUGAUAGUUUUAUGUUGAUAUUGUGGUGCCAAGUGUGUGCUCUUCAUGGAUCAACAAAAAUACAACCAUCUCAUCAUGCAUAACUUGUAUUUGACCAAGAGUAGCUCAUUAGCAUUAUGUAUAACUUGCUGAAAGUUUAUCAUUCAUUGCCUAUUUAUUAUGAUGUCCCACAUUUUAAGAAUGCUCAUCGUGUCGAUGAGUUGUGGUAGCGUUGACAUUUUAAAUCAGCCGGGUAGUGCUGUGGUAGAGUAAUUUGACUCGCAAUCAAAUUUAUUACGAGUUAAAUUCCCUAGUUGUGGGUCGACUCAACCAAUCAUCCUGAUGGGUUUGAUAAAAAUAGGUACCACUUUGUGGGAAGGCAGUCGGUAGUAGUCAUCCUUUGGAGAGACAUAGCAACCGCCUUUACAAAGCAACAUUUCCACCACUGGCUCAGUUCUGGUAGUUGAAAUAAGCACCACCUUACUCCCUUUUGAGCAGGGGGAGUGCCUUUAACUUGCAAUAACUACAAGAUUUCUAAUGUGAAGUGAUUGGGUAGAGAUACCACUUCCAUUACGGCAUCGUGGGUAGAAAGUUCCCGUGGUGGCAAAACUGCCCUGGUGGGACCCAGUACCAAACAUCCCACAAGCUGUGUGCCCUCCGCUUUGUGGCCUUACUGGAUUACAGUGAUGCCCAAAGAGACCGCAACAUUAUUUAUAUUGAUGUACAGCAAAAUAUCUAUUUUAUAAGAGAUUUUUUGUAAACACCGAGUUAUAUGGUGUACAGUAGUUUAUUAAUUGUGCACGCUUUGUGUAGAGGAUGCACGCAAUAUCCAGUACAUUUAAAAUGCUGUAACAUAAACCUGGUGUGCAUUAUAGUCAGAGUAGAAGACACCUUAGGUGUCGCGAUAUUCCCGUUGUGCUUUAAUAAAGCACAAACAUUUCCAACUGGGUUUAUUUUUUAUAUUUUUCUUGUUUUCCUGAACUCUUUAUUAAGUGUUUUGCUUUUAAGACCAAUAACCUUGGCCCUAUAUUGCGAAUACAUCUUUAGCGUAUGUUCUGUGCAUGUUUACCUAUUAUGCAGGAUUAAUUAUGUGUUUUAAUUGUUUGGUAAUAUUUGGCAAUGCAAAAACAGUUUUAUAUCUGUUAUGUUUUAGUUGACCGAAUGAUGCUUGUUUCCAGAUUUGACGGUGGGCGGCCCCAGGAAUGUAGAGUAGCACACCGACCGAGGCUCCCCCAGCCCCUUCACAAGCCAUGUCAUACUUGGGGGCGGCCCACUCCCAACCCCCUGGGGGAGCUAAUAUACGUCACGAUUUCCUUGCGGCUCUGUUCUGCAGACGUUAGCCCCACCCACUUCAAUAAUCUGUUCGUGACCAUAUUAAAGGGAUUCACAGAUUGUUGGAUUGCAAAUUAUUGCGGUUUCUGCUGUAAUUUAACUAUCGUUUGUUUGCACCUGAAUAUAUGAGCAGAUCAUUAAGUCGGUUAUCAUGUUCCCACACUUAACUGAGAAUAAGGCAUUGCGGUAUCACCACUGCCGGUCCCGAGCCAGUGGUAUAAAUCCCCACAUUCCUGCGUACAGGACAAAUUCGUUCAAGAGACGACCACAUAAUUUCUCACCCAAGUGGUACUCAUUUCAUCGAUCGUCAAGGGAUGAAGGGCCAAGUCGACCCCUGUCUUGAUUUUUAACUCACGACCUUCGAAUUGUUCAUCUUUAACCACAGCGGCACACGUGCCCUUUUGCAUUUAUUUCCUCCCAUUCCCUGCCACUUACAGUCCAAACCUCUGGGUGCUUCGAGUUUUCCUUCUGCUGCAAAGCUUUCUGCGGUUUUGCUUGCUUUAUAGCUCUCCGACUUGUUUGGAAUGAUGUCCGACAUGUCGCUCCACGUGCUGGGAUCUUCUUCAGGAACUGAAUUUUCUGACAUUUUCCUGUUUGCUGGGAGCUCAUGCCAUAACCAUGGCGGUCUAAGCACAUACCAUCAGAGAGCCAUAUUUUGCAUCUGCCAAACAGCUGUACGCAAGUAUACGACUGCUUAGUUAUUAAGGCGGUGCAAUGUAACGUGUUGUUAAAAGGAAACUGUUUUGUGGGUUGACCAUCUUAAACCCGGUUCUACUUAUCACUGCGACUACCUUCUGAUGAAAUUCUGCUUGAUUUGGGUGAAAACAAAGUUCAUUCACGUAAUAACUGCAUGUCGAUGAAGUUUACAAUUUUGGCUUGUAAAAAAAAGUCACCUUUAUUUUUAAAAUAAAUAAAAUUGCUUAUAAUAAAAGGAAUGCUGUCAUUGUAAUGUGUGCUGUGCGUUAUUUUAAAACUGAUGUGAUGCCGAUCGGUCACUUCGGCUAUAU